AUGACAACGCACCAGCAGGAUCUGCUAAAAAAGAUAGGCUUUAAUCAUGUAGACAAUCUCGAGAGUUUGUCGCAUGAAGAUGCUUUGUCUUUGUUAGCUCUACAUGCAUUAGAUGUAGAUAACUUUGAUUCGCAUGAAACACUUAAACCACAAGCUAAAGGUAUCGUGAAAAAGUGUGGUGCUUUGCCUUUAGCUUUAAAGGCAAUUGGAAGAUUACUCAGAACAAAAACCGAGGGAGAAGAAUGGGAUGACGUGUUGAAAAGUGAGAUAUGGGAUUUAGAAAAUGCUGAUGCAAUUGUUCCAGCCCUAAGGCUAAGCUACCAUGAUCUCUCUGUUGAUUUGAAGCGCUUGUUUGCAUAUUGCUCUUUGUUCCCAAAGGACUUUAUGUUUGACAAGGAGGAGUUGAUAUUAUUAUGGAUAGCUGAAGGGUAUCUGAACGAGUCAACUGCAGACAAGUCACCAGAACGGUUGGGCCAGGAAUAUUUUGAGAAAUUGCUAUCAAGGUCCUUUUUUCAACCCGCACCUAAUGGUGAAUCGUUUUUUGUGAUGCAUGAUCUCAUGAACGAUUUGGCUGCAUUUGUUGCUGGAGAAUAUUUUUUAAGGUUUGAAAAUCAGACGGAGAUGGCAAUGGAAGCUUUAGCCAAGUACCGACAUAUGUCAUUUAUGCGUGAGCGCUAUGUAGGUUUCCAGAAGUUUGAGGCAUUUCAAAGAGCAAGAAGUUUGAGAACCCUGUUAGCUGUAUAUGUUGGGGUAGAACAAAGCUGGAACACGCUUUACAUAUCCAAUAAAAUUUUGGUUGACUUACUUCCUCAGCUACCACUGUUACGGGUUCUUUCUUUGAGGCGUUUUAACAUAAGUGAGGUGCCGGAUGCCAUCUGUAGUUUGAACCACUUGAGGUAUCUUAAUUUGUCUCGAACAAAUAUCUCAAAGUUACCUGAGAAUGUUGGUAAUCUUUACAAUUUACAAACAUUGAUCGUUUUUGGUUGUGAGAGCUUGAGUACAUUGCCUAAAAGCUUCCUAAAGCUCAAAAAAUUGAGGCAUUUUGACAUCAGGGAUACUCCGCAUUUGAAGAAGCUGCCCUUGGGAAUUGGUGAGUUAAAAAACCUACAAACUCUCCCCAAGGUCAUCGUUGGAGGAGACGGUGACUUUGCAAUAACCAAGCUUAAGGGAUUAGAGAAUUUACGUGGGGAACUUUCCAUUGAAGGAUUGCAGAAAGUGCAAAUCCCAAUGCAUGCAAGGGAGGCAAACGUAUCUCAAAAAAGGCUUACUAAGUUAAAGAUGAAAUGGGGUAAUGAUUCACAGAGAGGAUCACUUGAGAAGGAGGUUCUUGCUGAGCUCAAGCCACACACUGAUACGUUGAAACAUUUUGAAGUUGAGUAUUACGGGGGAGUAGAGUUUCCAUGUUGGGUCGGGGAUCCCACUUUUCAUCAAUUGGUUCAUGUGUCCCUACGGGGUUGUAGAAAAUGUACAUCUCUACCGCUGCUUGGGCGGUUACCUUCACUUAAGGAGUUGUUGAUUCAAGGAAUGGAUGAUGUUAAAGUCAUCAGUUUGGAGUUAAGUAGGAGUACUGAUGUAACCUUCCCUUCACUUGAAAUUCUAAGGUUUGAAGAUAUGUCUAGUUGGAAGGCAUGGUCAACCAAUAGCGAGGUAAUGUUUCCACGCCUUCGAGAGCUUCAAAUAAUCAAAUGUCCCGAUUUGAUUGAUGUCUCACUUGAAGCAUUACCUUCACUAAGAGUUUUGAGGAUAGAGGGAUGUAGUGAAAGUGUGCUGAGAAGUCUGGUUCAAGCAGCUUCAUCAACCACUAAAUUGGAAAUAGAAUCAAUUUUAGGGCUUACGGAUGAGGUGUGGAGAGGUGUCAUAGUGAAUUUCUGGGCGGUUGAAGAGCUAUGCAUACGAAAAUGUGAUGAGAUAAGAUACCUAUGGGAAUCAGAUGCAGAGGCAAGUAAAGUUCUUGUAAAUUUAAAGGAAUUGAAGGUAUGGAGAUGUAAAAAUUUGGUGAGUUUAGGAGAGAAAGAGGAGGAUGAGGAUAACAUUGGUAGCAACCUCCUAUCAUCUCUUAGGAUGUUGGUUAUAGAUUCAUGUGAAAGUAUGGAGCGUUUGUGUUGUCCAAAUAGCAUUGAGAGUUUGGUGAUCAAGUGGUGUAGUUCAGUUAGAGAUGUCUCCUUCCCAAGAGCAACAACAACAACAGGUGGAGGAGGGCAGAAUCUCAAGUCACUUACUAUAGAUAUAUGGGGUUGUGGAAAUCUAAAAUCAAUAAAUCAAUUGAGUAACUCCACUCACCUCACCUCUUUGUCAAUAAGUUAUUGUGAAAACAUGGAGUUAUUUUCUGAUCUUCAUCAGCUAUCAAAUCUCACCUCGUUGUAUAUACAAGGCUGUAAAAGCAUAGGCAUAGAGUCAUUUCCUAACCUCCAUCUGCCAAAUCUCACAGAUCUGGGGAUAGAAGGUUGUAAAAACAUGAAGGCAUUUGGUGACCUGCAGCUACCAAAUCUAAUCAGUUGGAGGAUAGAAAGUUGUGAAAAUCUGGAGUCAUUUCCUGACCUUCAGCUAUCCAAUCUCACCAUGUUAAAACAUAUGACUAUCAGAUAUUGUCCAAUGAUUGAUGCUUCCUUUCCUCGUGGGCUUUGGCCUCCCAAUUUGUGUUAUCUUGAUAUAGGGGGGUCGAAAAAGCCCAUCUCAGAAUGGGGCUAUCAGAAUUUUCCAGCUUCCCUUGUUCACCUAAGAUUAUUUAAUGAACCUGAUGUGAGGAAUUUCAGUCAAUUGUCCCACCUUUUCCCUUCUUCUCUUACUAAUCUUAGCAUAUGGAGUUUUGAUAAUCUGGAAUCACUUUCAACUGGACUCCAACACCUCACAUCCCUUCAACAUCUCAUUAUUUGGUUUUGCCCAAAGGUGAACGAUCUACCAGAGACGCUGUUACCUUCACUUUUGAGUUUGAUAAUUGACGAAUGCCCAAAAUUGAAAGAAAGGUGUGAAGGAAGAGGCUCCCACUACUGGCCACUCAUCUCUCAUAUCCCCUGCAUCUACAUGGACCGCAGUUAUCACUUUUCAUGA